AUGCGGUCUGCGUUCUUUUCCCUGCUGUCUGCGGCCCUGGUCGCCGUUGUCUCUGCAGACAGCACCACCGUCGAGAUGUUCAAUGCUGGGCGUGAAACGUUGAAUCUGAAUAGCGUUCGUGCCAGUAUCAUCGGCGCCAACGCAGAGGCCACCACCUACGCCGUGAACUGCCAGUCCGGUGCCCCCGUGACGGUAUGCCCGCUCAAUUCGCCCAUUACCAUAACCGAAGGGCCCUCGACAUUCACCAUGAGUGCCGUCUACUCCACCAAGACGCUCGGCGUGGACGCCAAAGCCACCCUGGUGCAAGACUGCGACAUCACGUCCUCGACACAGCGCGCCUCUUGCUCGGUUUCCGUCGGCAUUGAGGUCAGCACGCGCGGGCUGUCGACUUCCACGGGCCUCUCGACGGUCACUUCCUUCGCCUCUGAUGAUAUCUACUACCAGCCCAUGACGGUCACCGCAGGUGCGGAAAAACUGAACGCGCCCCAGGCGACGGAGACAUCAGAUGUUGCGGCGCGUAACACCGGUAUAAGCGGUGCUGCUGCCGCCGCUCUUGCCGGGGCUGCGCUGAGAACCAGUCACUCACCUAUCAUCUAUACAAACAAACGGCUCGCCUGCCGAGGAAAAGGGAAAUCCGCUCUCGGGGGGUUUCCUAUCAUCGAGGCCCACUCGACGUACGGAGGAGCUACCGACCUGGGCAGCUACGCCUAG